AUGCUAGGCACCAUGGAGCCCGUGAAGCCCGUGAGACAGCGGUUCUCCGAGCCCCAGAAGUUCGUGCCCGUGGCCUUCAUGUCCGGUACGAUGCUGUUUCUGUACCUGGUUUACGUGCUCCAGCACUGCGUGCCGCGGAUGCAGCUGGACGUGGCCCCAAAGCACGUCGACGAAGACAUCCGGGAGCGCGGACAGAUGGAGUUCCUCGUGUUUCACAUCCUCACGGCCAUGGUGGUUAUCUGCUACCUGCGGGCCAUCUUCACGACGGCUGGCACUAUCCCCGACGGAGACAGGCACUGGGACUAUCAGGCAGAAGAUAGCAUGGCCUCCUUCCUGCCGAGCUUCCUGAAAGAGACGAAGCGAUCUGGCGACAGGAGGCACUGCAAAUGGUGCAGCAAGUUCAAGCCUGACCGAACUCACCACUGCCGAGUCUGCCGCACCUGCACCUUGAAGAUGGACCAUCACUGCCCGUGGAUCUACAAUUGUGUCGGAUACUACAACUACAAAUAUUUCUUCCUGCUGCUCCUCUAUUCGGCGCUGGACUGCCACCUCAUGACUAUUACAAUGGCAGAGACUGUGGUCAGAACGACCGAAGUUCCCACUCCGUUCUUCUCCAUGUUCCUGGUUUUCUUUGCAGCCACUCUCGCAGCCUUCUUGGGUUUGCUGAUUACUCUCUUCUUCGGCUUCCAUUGCUAUUUGAUCGUAAACGCCAUGAGCACGAUUGAGUUCUGCGAGAAGCAUUUGCCAAAGGGGGAUGGCUCGGAGACGCAGAACGACUUGUAUGAUGCUGGCAUCUACAGCAACAUCAAAUCUGCACUCGGUGAUCAGGCGCUGCUGUGGCUCCUGCCCAUCAGCGGGCCAUCGGGCGAUGGCAUCAACUUCGCCAACGUCCCCAUCAGCCAGCAGCAAAAGCAGCCCCUGAAAAGCUACGAGGAGCUGGACGCCACCAGGAAAAUGGCCCGGAACGGGCGAGACCGGAAGAGGUACGAGAUGGGCGUGUGCGAUGACGAUGACACUCAUCCGAUGUACCGUCGCUAG